AUGCGGUUACUUGAGUCAAAGGACCCAGUAGUAGUUGCAAAUGCUACUGGUGUUUUACGAAAUCUCACCUCGGGAUCGAAUAUACCCCUCUGCAAGGAAUUCGAAAAGUUAGGUGGAAUACGGGCAAUCUCCGGAUUACUUGAACGUCUGUUUCAAAUUUUAACAGAAGAUGAAACGGGGAAUAGAUAUAUGUCAAGAAACGAUUCGGACCGUUUGUGCGCAUCCAUGGAAAAUGCAUCGGCCAUCCUUUGCAAUAUUUCGUCACUCGAAUGCAUGAGAAGUGGUAAUCUGCUUGUAUCUGUGGUCCCGUCUCUCGUAAGUGCUGUUUUGGAGCCCGUCGCAGAAGCUGCAUGCUGUCGACUGAAUAGCCGCAACGAAGAUGGCGCGCCUCCCUACUCGUGCGCUCUCUAUCGAAAUUGUACAGCAGUAAUACGGAACCUUAGCUGCUCAGUUGACACCGACACUCGCAGCCUGCUCAGAAGGUGUCCGGGUCUGCUGGCAAGCCUCCUGACUGUGAUGCACGUGGCCGGCGAGACAGGUUUGGCAGACACGAAGGCGGUGGAGAAUUGUGCUUGCGCGGUCCGCAAUCUCUGCUUUUCGCUGUGGGCGACGGUCGAAUUUGCUGAAAGUGGUGAAUCAGUCAGCAACAGAAGCGAGCGUGUUUCGAAUCGAACUCCCAAAGACAUGAUACCCUGGGAAACACCGACAAAAGUCCCAGAAACACUUCUGUGGCACGCGAAUGCCGUGGCCUGCUUUUUGACUCUGCUUCGUCGAGCAUCGAAUCCCGUUUGCACUGAGGCUGCAGCGGGAGCCCUGCGAAACCUCACCUCCAAAGCCAAUUGGAGACCCGCGGAGAUUGUCCGAUCAGAGGUUCGUCUGCAGCACGGUCUUCCCGUCUUAGUUGACCUUCUUUGCGUCUCAAACAGUGCUGUCGUCACAACCGUGGCGAUGGCCCUCAGGAAUCUGUGUGUGGAAAGGGAAACACUUGAGGUGCUGGGACAACAAGCCAUCCCAGUGCUCGUGUCGUGCCUCUCUGCUGUGCCUGAGACCCCCAGGAGUCGUUCACUGUCCAGUCUCAGGUCGCUGGCCUCAUCUCCCCGUAACCGGCCUCAACUGACUAGCCACGCUCUGGCAGCAAUCCUUGCUUUGUGUUCCACGAUCAUCUUAGGCCACGAAAAGUUCGCAAGGUUUGUUCACGGUUAA